AUGGACCUGUAUGAAAUCAGAGAGGAAAGACUGGGGACUAUUUCAGAAGAAGCCGAGCAUCAGGAAAUAAGCAGAGAGUCGACCACCAUGGAGCCCUACCAUGUGGUAUCAGAUAAAGGAGGGAGGACAGCCCGAGAUGUUUCCACCUUCCAGAGGUUUUCUGUUGACACAAAUGAGUCUCUACGUUUUGAGCCCUGUGAGGACAUGUCUCCAUCACCCACUGGGGCGGAAGAUGGAGAUGAUGAGGAUGAGGUGUUUAGGGACGGAGGAAAAGAGGUGGGGACACCAACACAGCUUUGACCUGAUGUCUUCUAUCCUAACAUUCAAGUAUUUCAUCUCCAUCUGAAAAAAAGGCUUUGGGUCACUUUUAAAAAUGAUUUGGAGGAUAAAUACAGAAAAAAGGAACAAGUCAUUCUAAAUGCAGCAUUUGACAGUCGUACGAGAAAAGUUCUGUUUUAUUUUAUGUGAAAUUUAAGAAAAAUGAUUGACUUUAAACAUCUGAUCAUUUUCAGAGUGAAACAAUCAGGAAUCGGCUACAGGAGAAGGUUGCUGAGAUGGAGAGCUUUGCAGGUCAUUUGGAGGAAAUCUUUCUCACCGUGGAGGUAACUGUCUCUCUCUGAAGACUUCUUAUCUGGUAAAACAGAUUAUGUGUUGGACAAAUUGCUCUUUUACAUCACUGGACUUUUGAGAAUACUUCUUUUAAUUCAUUUUCUGAUGUGUCAGAUUUCGGUUAUGCAAUAACAAAAUCCAUCUUCCAUCCAUCCAUUUAACUCUCUUCCUUCUAUAUCUUUAACCUCAUUUUUUCCUGCCCUCCAUAGGUUUUUUUUUUGUGAUAAAUGACAGAUGUCUACCACUGUGCUGUAUAUAUGUGUGUACAGGAGAAUUUUGGCCGUCAGGAGCAGCACUUGGAGCAGCACUACAAUGACGUGCUGCAGACUUUGUCCCAGAGGUACGAUGAGAGGGCUGCUGGACUGGAGGAGGAGAAGAAGGGUAAGCUGGAGUCCCUGUACGGUCAGCUGCUGGCUUGUGGUCGGGCCAUGGAUGCUUCGAAGGAGCUCAUCGAGACGGCCCAGGAGAUCUACCGCUGCCAGGACAAGAGGCUUUUCCUGAAGGUGCUCCAGCUUGUGUUCUCAUGAGUUUUCUUUAGCCGGUCAAAAUAUGCAGAUGAUAGUUAAUCAUUUCAACAAGUAUUACUUAUGUAGAAAGAAAACAUAUGGGAGUUUGAACAUGACUAUUUACCCUGUUGUUCACUUGUUGAUGUACUUUCAUUGACAGACAGUUAUGCCAACUAUUAAAAGGUAAUUUUGAUGCGCAGUGACUUGUUUGCAUGUUGUGACACUGCACUGACUGCAGAAUGGUUUUAAAAGACUAAUAAUUACCCACGCAUGGCUGAUCAGAUGUUGGUCUUAUCUGCCAGUAGUCAUCUUAACUAAGUGGAAUUAUGGUGUGAGAAGUAUUAAGAUCCUUUGUUUUUAAUUGAAACACUCAUGCAUGGUAAAAUACAGCCUAAUACAACUUCAUUAUAAACCCAAAAGUAGUGAGUAAAGUGUUGAUAUUAUCAGAAAAAGUCUAAGUGCUCAUCUGUCAGUGUUUGAAUAUUGUGAGUGAUGCUUUUGAAUGAAAAACAAUGCUGAAUUAUUCAUAUGUUGCAUUUAUCUGCCUAUUUUUUUUUACCUUAAUGCAUAUUUUUCUUCUUUCUUUUUAAUGUUCAGUUGUUUUGGAAUAAUUUUUAUAAUAAACUUGAUCUAAACAGCACAUUUCAAAACAGAGUUACAAAGUGUUCAAACAACAUAAAAAAGUUUUAUCCAAUAGUUUUUAUCUGGCUCUACAUGAUUAUCUUAUGUUUAAAGAGCUGUACUGUCAAAAUCUGAACUCAUGGUCCGCUUACUAGCUUUUGACAGAACACUAAGGUGGACGAUUUUCCACAACAAAGUGAUUAUCAGUCUCCAUGACGACUGAGCAAACUACAUCCAGCUAAGGCUAGCAAGUGGACCAUAAUUGAAACACUUUGAGUGAUCAAAAUGAUUGUCAUGAUGCGAGCUCGUUCACCUCAACUGGAUGAAAACUUCAGUGUUAACUUGUUUUGUUUUUUUAUUUUAUAUUUUUGUGGCUUCGCUCUAGAAUCGAGGAGUUCGCCAAAGAGGAGAUUGACCUCACCUUGAACACACAUCUGGAGUUUAACACACCACUGGUGGACUUGUCUGAUGUUAAAACCAUGAUGGACUCCAUCAACAUUGUUCCAGGUCAGAGUUUCAGACUACACCCUGAGGUUAGCUGUAUUUUUUGUGUGUAUUUCAAGAUAAAAUGGCAGUGAGAGCAGCAAAUUUACUGUCAAAAGAACCUCCUUUAGCUCCAAGAUGGCUACAGCUAGGUGAUUAUUUCUUUUUUUUAUCAUACAUUAAUCAUUGUGAUGAAAUUUAAUAACAAAUAUCUCAAAAAGGUGAACUUACUGCGGCACUACAUUGUACUGUGAAACUCUUCUGACCAUAAAUCAAAGCCAAAAACCUCAGAGAUGCAUUUCACAUUUAGUUUGAUGCUUGAUAGCACUAAUUGUAGUUGCCCAUGUUGGGUAAAUUUCUGCUGGUUUUAGACAUGAUUGGAGCAUUUUUGUGUAGAAUUCACCUUUGCUGUGGCGUCGAUAAAAGAGACAUAGGAUAUUAUCAUGACUUAAUCUUUGUUCUCCAUGACUGUGCGCUAUAUUGGCUCAGUAUGCCAGAGCUUAAAGGUUCCCCCUGUGUCCACAGUCUUUGCCUAUUUGGUCCCUUUUAUACUGAGGUUGUGUCUUCUCACAUCCUGCUGAUUUUUGACCAUCAAAUGUGUCAUUUGAUGUGAAUAACUGAUGGUAAAAAUGUAAAAACAGGGCUGAUUCUUUAGCUGCAGGACUAACACCUACCUAUGAUUAAAAGUUAUGGUCUAAAAACAGCCAGCCUUGUUGCUGAUGGUUUUGUUUGCUUUUGUAUAUCAUAUAAAGACGUCACUGUGAAUUUAAGUCUGUUUCAUCAACUUGGGAAAAAAUCCUCAAAGAAGCUGUAAAGAAAACUUUCCUUUGUUACUCAAUUUUCAAUUUUCUCAAUUUUCAAGUAAAAAGAACCUUUUUCCUUUUUCUGUGGUUAUUGCAACUUAGUGUCCCAAUUUGGGGAUACAGCUGCAAGAAGAGAAUUCUUGUAUAGAUAAAAUAGAAAAUAAAUACAAGCACAAAUGUGUCAGCUUCCAUCAAAUGGCAUGUCUUUUUACGCGAAACUCCUCAUCUCUAAUUAUUACGGUUUGACAUGAUAACAAAACUGUAUCACUGAAGUUUCUCCACCAUAAAAACAGCUCCAUCCGCCCCGGUCAUCAACCCUCAGAUGCCAAACUCUGCCACCCAGACGUCGCUGCGUGUCUGCUGGAGCCUGUUCUCAGACGACACGGUGGAAUACUACGAGCUUUACUACAGACCCGUGCUGGAGGACACACCAGCAGACAGCACUUGUGCAGCACAUGGUACAACACAAGCACUGACAGUGGAUUUAAACUGCAUGAUAACACCAUCUGCUGUUGAAAAACGACUGACUGAGAAGAAAAAAAGGGGAUUUUGACCAGUGGAGCCACAAUUAAGUAUGUGCUUGUUUUUUCAGAGAGCAAGGUUAAAGUAAAAGAGACCCACUGCACUGUGACUGAUCUGCUGCCUAAUGCUCAGUAUGAACUCUGGGUGACGGCUACGAACACCACAGGGAUCAGCCCGGCCAGCGAGAAGGCCUUGUACAUGACAGGUAAUGAAUCUCACUCUCCUGCCGCAUGAUAACCUCCUAGUCACUGGAGUUUUGCUCUUAACAACAUUGAAGCUGUAUUUUUGUGUGUUUUGCUGUAAUUUAAAUGAUCAUUGUUGGGUAAUAUCAUCACUCUUCUCUUCCUAGUGCCAUGUCCUCCAGUGAUUAAGCAGAGGGAGUGUACCAGCUGCCCUGAGGCCGCCCUGAUCCGCUGGGAGUCAGGGAACACCAACCCUGUGGACUCUUACACCGUGGAGCUCAGUGAGAUGGGCACAGACGGCACACAGAGCACUGUGACAGAGUAAGAAGAGUGUUCAUAACAGAUUCAUGAUUCAGUUGUGCUUUUCUACAUAAUGUUCAUUAUCAUCAAAAAGUUGAAACACAAAGACGAGGCCAAAUUCCCUGCCAGAUUUGCAGCUUCAAAGGGUGAGGAGCCUCAUGAUGUUUGUCCUCACAGGCCUGUCCUUUAUUAAAGCUUCUGCUUCAGUGCAUCCACAAACAAGCUCGCAUUAAUGCUGACCUCGCAUUUUUUAAGUCUCUUGGUUAUAGAGCUGCUGAAUCAAGACUCACUCUGCCCCAGAAAAUCUAUUCUUAGCUUUAGCUCCUGCGGCAUUGUUGGCCUCAGCAAGAACACUGUCCUCACAUUAAUAGUUUUUAUCUGGUCACUUCGACAAAAGUUAAAGACCCACUCUGGUAAAAAUCAUGUUUUUCUCGUUGUCUACAUGUUCAUAUGGCAUUUUUCUGAUGCUACAGCAAAUAUCAUGAGAAAAAUAAAUGAGAAAUUCUAUUUUUGAGUAUUUCUGCAUUCAAAUCGCUGUGAACCUCUCGCAGACCCAAACAGCACGUUCAGACACAGGGAGAUUUCCUAUGUCACAACUGCAAGCUCCGCCCCCAGAGCCCAGCUAUGCAGGCCAGACUCUGAGAGGUAGAGAUGACGACUGCAGAACAAGUGUGUACGUUAGCGGAUUGCAAUGCUCUUAAGAAAGCUAAAUAUGAUAUAAGCUUUCAUCAUGCCCCUAAAUACAUCAGUGUCCUAGAGCUGAAUAGCUUCAAUGUUACCUGCCACUUCUACUACACCAACAAUGUUAGGCUGCAAGGCAACGUGAAGAGGAGUGUGCAGAGCAGCGCUGUCUCCGCCCACUGCAGAAGAAAAGCCCUUGAAAAUGACACAGGUGACAUGAUUUUGGCUCAUUUAGAGACCACUGAGUAGUUAAAAAAAUAACGAUAGGAGUGGGACUUUUAUUUAGCUAUAUGAUCAAUAUGAAGGAUGACAGGAGAUUUAAUCACUGUGGACUUUGAGACAAGAUGUGUCUUCAAGGCUCAUUUGUCAUCAUGAUGCUUUACAUGUUUAAAAUCUGUGAGUUAGCUCACUGUUUGAUUUCACAGAUCUGUAGUGGCUGUGCCCACCUGCCAGUGUCUGGUUCAGCUGCAGCCAGGACGGCGAUACCUCAUAUCUGUGAGAGCGGUCAACAUCGGCGGGCCCAGCAACAGGAGUCAAGUCAUCACUGUUUCUACAACAGGUGAGACAUAUCUCAGAUUCAAGUUUUUAUUGUUCUCUUAGCCUGUGGUCGAAUAUUAUCUCCCAUCGUUUACAAAAUAAAAGUAUUAACUGGAGCUGAUGUAUUUGAAACAAAAUGUACUUAAAGGGAAAAAAGUCAAAGUUCUGUGUUUUUUUUGUUGUUGUUUCUAAAAUAGACAAAAAUGUGUGCUUUUUAUGAUAUGCAGAAGCAAACAGAGCAAUUACCAACAAGAUUAGCUAUUUUUAUAUGAUGAAUUUCAGUGACUGAAACAGGUGUGAGGAUGUAGGUGUCAGCCAAACAGGUGAAGUAACAGCCCAGUUUUUUUCCACAGUAAAAGAUAAAACUGUCUGUCGAAAGUCAGAAUGAUGCAAUUUUUCAGGGAACACUACUUAAGCAAGUUAAGUACAGGAUUGUCCACAGGGGGCACCAAUAUUGUGUGAAUGAUCCUUACAGAGGGGAUGUAGGGUCUCUGUCGUUAUUUGGUGGACACCAUCUCUCUCAACCUUUUUGAUAAGCUCCAAACUUUUGAAAAAACAAAACCAUAAUAACUGAAGUUUAAAAAGGUCAAACUGUACAGUGAAUAGAGAGAAACACAACAUUAUAAGAAGUGGCAUAAAUGAUUAAAUGUCUCUCACCUUGUUCUUUUUGAUGACAAAUAAAGGAAUUGAAAAUGAAGUUGCAUCAAGUCUGUUUCUCCACACAGGUACAUACUUUCAUCUGGUGGAGGACACCGCCCACCCUUGUCUGUCCAUCUCUGAAGACGGCUUCACCAUGUUUUAUGGAGACGAGGAGCUGCCUAUCAGUGCUAUGGCCUUAGAUGAUAACACUUUUGCCAGGUAAUGUGUCACACUUCUAUUGUGCGUCAGAGGACUUAUAUAAACUCUGUAAGUGUAGAUGUGUUAAAAGGUGUGUGCGCCUGCAUGUGUCCAGAUGUGUAGCUGUCCUGGGUGAUCUGGUUCCGGUAAGAGGAAAGCAUUACUGGGAAGUCGAGGUGGAUGACGAGACUGAAUUCAGGAUUGGAGUGGCAUUUGAGGACACCGAGAGGAACUCAUACCUCGGAGCCAACAAUACGUCCUGGUGUAUGAGACACAUUCUCACGCCAACCAGGUAUCAACACAUAACCUCUGUUCAAUUCAGUUUGUACUUCAUUGCAGUUGUCUUUAUUUGCUGCAGUUUGCCUCUGAAAGAGUUCACGCCUUAUUAGGGGGGAACAAAGAGUCAUGUUCACAGGACAGCAAACAUUGUUAGUGCAGAUUUUUCUGUCGAUCUGACACAGAAAAUAGCACGCUGAUCCUCUGAGGGACUAUAACUGCAGUUCAUAGAAAAUAGGCCAAGACUAAUUUUAGACUCCAGAACUUUCCCUAUUCUAAGCAAAAAAAAAUGUGCAUCUGCUCUGUGCAAAAGCCCAUGGUUGAAUAUCUGUUACUUUUAUAGCGUUGCUAUGGCAACCAAUCCUGGAACAAAGCAAGAGAGUUGAAUCGUGAUACAGAGCAAAUCAGAGUUGCAUAUCACAUAAACCCUGCAUGGUAUAUAAAUACUCCUGCUGCAGUUUAACAUUCGAACCCCUCCCCUGUUUUCUGCAGCCGUCUACUCUACAUUAUUAGCUUUAAUAGUCAAUACUGAAAAAGGUGCAUAUUACCAACGUCUUUUCUUUUUUUUCUCUUCAGGCACAAAUAUGAGUUUCUGCACAAUGGCUGGAGUCCUGACCUGAGGAUCACAGUGAACCCAGUGAGGAUAGGAGUGGCGCUGGACUAUGACAGGGGUACUCUGUCUUUCUUUAAUGUGGAUGUGGAACAACAUCUGCACACCUUUCAGUGUAACCUCAGAAGUUACGUGCACCCCUGCUUUAGCCUGGACAACCCAGGAGCUCUUACUGUCCACAAUGGCAUAGAAGCUCCAGAGUAUGCCUUUAUUUGA